AUGCAGCAGCGGAACACACAUUAUGAUGGAGUUCGGGCAAAUUCAAUGUUUGGCAACGACAUAAGGCAUGCAGGAGCAAACUCAGAAAAAACAAGCACACAGCUGCAGAAUUUAUCUUUCCCAUGGGGGCCUGCAACUUUGGGAUGUAUGCUAACUACUGAUGAAGCUAAUGAACAGAUGGCACUUUCGCAGGAAUUGACUUAUACUCAGAUCAUGAGUGGGAUGACUUUAGGCCCUAUAAAUUCCAGGUACAUAAGCAAAAGCAACAACUCACAGGUUAACGGCGGCAGCAAUGGAACACCAGGAAUGCUUUCUUUCACAGCCUUGCUUAAUGCACAUGUUGAAAUAACGGACUUUAAUGAUGACACAUGCAAAGAGUACAUUGAUGAUCAUAGCUUUUACAUGACAAGUGAUAGAAACAUUGAUAUCAGCCAAAUGGAAGAGGAGGAAAUGGACAAUAUCUAUAAUAUGCAGAAUGAUAUUGGCAUCCCGCAAACACUGCUUGAUGAGCGUCUUGAAGAUCAGUCGGAUUGGAUGGAAAAGGAUGAAGCUAAUCCAGAACAAAACAGUGGCCGCACGGAGGAUGAUGAAGCUACACAGAAUAUAUAUAUAUGAAGAAGAACCAAUCAGAGACGAAUCAGCACAGCAUGAUGCAGAGGGCCCAGGAAAUGACAAGGAGCCAGAAAACCUAACACAAGAAGACAUUGAAGAUUUCAUAGAUAAUGCAUGCUCACAAGGGCAUCAUAGGGAACAGAUGACAGAAAGAGAUGAAGUUGAGAACAUGCAUGUACCAAAGGAAGGAAUGGUAUUCAAAACAGAUGUAGAGGCGCAUAAAUUUUACAACUAUUAUGCUAUGAUCGCUGGCUUCUCUACCGCUGUUGCUCACAACUACCAUUCAAGAAACAAGAAAUAUAAAGGGAUGAUUACAAGGAAGACCAUAACGUGCAAUAGAGCAGGCAAGUCAACUUCAGAGGACAUUGAAGCAAUGGAAAAAAAACAGUGGUGCAGAAGAGCAAACCGAACCAAUAAAGGCAGCAAAGGCGAAGGCAAAGAAAGCAAGAGAUGGGACUAUUGAUGAGACAACUGUGCAGCCAAGGAGAACUAAUACUGUAAUAUUGAUAGGAUGCUAAGCAACAAUGGUAAUAACAUAUAUAGACGAUGUUUGGAAAAUAACAAGGCUCGAUUUGAUGCACAAUCAUGAGCUGCACCCACCAGGGGAGGCUAGGUUCUUAAGGUCACAUAAGAAGAUGACAUUAGAAGAGCGCAUGAUAAUUAGAACAUGCAAUGCCUGCAAAAUUCCCACUAGAAAGAUAAUGGCAAUCCUUGCUUACUACAGAGGUGGUUUGAAAGAGCUUCCUUACACAAAAAAGGAUGUGAGUAACGUAAGGACAACAAUAAGGAAAGAGUCAACACAGAAUGACAUGAUGAAAGUGCUUGCAUACUUUUUGAAUAAGAAAGAAAAAGAUCCAAUGUUCUUUUACAGUAUUGAUUCGGAUGAGGAGGGAAGAGUUAGAAACAUAUUCUGGUCAGAUGGGUACAGCAGGAAGUUGUAUGCAGAUUGCGGGGACUGUGUCAGUUUUGACACGACUUACAUAACAAAUAGGUAUAACCUGCCAUUUGCUCCAAUUGUAGGCAUAACUUCCCAUGGAGACAACUGCCUAUUUGGUUGUGCUUUUUUACAAAAUGAAACAAUAGAAACUUUUGUAUGGCUGUUCAGAACACUGCUUGUGUGCAUGGGAGGCAAAGAACCCAAGAGCAUUAUAACAGACCAGGAUGCAGCGAUGCGGAUGGCUAUAAAAGAGGUGUUCACAAGAACAAAUCACAGGAACUGCCUAUUCCACAUAAUGAAAAAGGCGCAGGAAAAGGCAGUGAGAACGUUUUCCACUACUCCAAACUUUCAUGAUGAUCUCAUGGAUACAGUGCACAACUCAGUGACAGUGGCAGAGUUUGAAAGGCUGUGGACAGAAAUGAUAGUGAAGUAUAAUGUGGAAGACAUAACUUAUUUCAAGAUAAUCUGGGCAAACAGAUGGAGAUUCGUCCCCGCAUAUUUCAAGCAAAACUUCUACCCAUUUAUUCAAACUACUGCAAGGAUUGAGGGCACUAACGCAAUUUUCAAGGACAAUGUCUCGUGCACCUACUCGGUUAGUAGUUUCCUAGCAGAAUAUGACCGGAUCGCAGAGGCCAUAUAAGAGAGACAAAAAAAAAACCAAGAUUGUGUGACGAGACAAACAAAGGCUAAGUUAUCUAGUGGAUACUUAUUUGAACUGCAAGCAGCGAAGCUGUACAACAGAUCGAUUUUCUUGAAAUUUCAAAAGCAAGUGAUAAAAUUAACAUUGUUCAAUGUUGAAGAAACAGUGGAGAAAAGAAGCUAUUCAGUUUACAAGUCACACAAUCAUGCACAAAAGGAGUUCAGGACAAGGAGGUAUGUUGUUUCGCUGAACUUACCAACAUCCGAUUACUCCUGCAUAUGCUGCAAAUUCCAAAAGGGUGGCUUGUUAUGCUCUCAUGUCCUGAAGGUCCUCGUACACCUGAACAUCACAGAACUGCACGAGAAAUAUUUCAUUGACAGAUGGAGGCCGAAAAAAACAGAAGUUAAUAGGAAUGCUGACAACAACAUACCAGCUGAAUUCACAGGAGACAGCUGUGAGAUGAGAUUCAACAUCCUUUCGAGGAGAAUGACUGAAACGGCAUCCAAAGGAUCGAAGAAGACAGCAAAAUAUUUAUACCUGCUUAAAAAGAUGGACAAGAUAGAUCGGAAGCUAGAAAUGAUAGGGAAUGAUACAGUAGAACCCACUUUGCAAACUGAGGGGGCUGAUUCACUGUCAAAUGUACAGGUUGACUCUAGCGAAGCAACACAACUGAUAGACCCUUUAGUAGGGAAGCCUAAAGGCAGGCCGACUGAUAAAAUGAAAGCACCAGCAACACACAAUACUGAGACGGCGGCAUUCUCAAAAGGGAGAAUGAAGUCAAUUGUUGAGCAGCGCAAAACCAGAGGCAGAAUAAGAUGUGGACACUGUGGUGAAUUUGAUCACAAUAAACAAACUUGCAAAACUCUACAUAUACAGUAUGAAGCUACAGGUACUCGGAACAAGAAGGGGAUGAAGAAGCAAGGAGGGCAAAAAAGAUCUGCAGAAGGGGGAGGGAUGUUGACAACAUCGGAUGUCUCCGUGGGCAAUACACAAAUGAAAUGGCAACUCACAUACCACACUGGGGUACAAGGGCAAUGCUGAGCCAAAAAGGAAGGGCGCGAAGGAGAAAGAAAAUUCAGCCAUAACUUCUUUUUUUCGGAUGAACGUGUAAUAGCAACAAAUAUAGAAGCAAUAGAGCUGUGAGCGGUUUUAAAGUAGUACUGUCGUAUUCCCUAUGCUUGCUUGAGUAAGACAUGUCACAGAAACUAUUUGGGUGACGGAAAAUAACUGUGAACUAUUUCGUAUUAUACAGAAAAUCAAAAAUCAUAUUAGUGUGUUUUUCAGA